AUGGCUCCUUUUGCUACAGAGGAAUUGGAGCAGUUGCAGAAAGAGAUCAAUGCCAAAAACCCAACUGAUGUGUUGCAGUUUUGCGCAAACUUCUUCAAUUCAAAGUUAGCCUUGCAAAGAAACCAUUUAUGGCAAGUGGAAGCAAAGGCCAAGGCCGCAGGUAUUGAGGUAUUCCCUCAGCUUGAAGCUGGGGCAAUCGAUGCCAACGGUCAGGGUACUAUUCCAUGUGUUCGCCAACCAUCUUUCAAGUCGCCCUUCGGUGACAAUGACCCUCAUUCUGAUCACACCAACCAUCGUGAGGAGCACAAACAAGAAGACAGUGCUGGUCUUUUCAAGGGCUUUGGUGCUGGUAGAAGAGCUCAAAAUGCGGCGACUCCAGAACUUGACCCUAAUGACCCAAGUGCAUCUGCUGGUCCACAAGAUGCGCCUCCAAAGCCCGCCAAUAAGCUUCCAUUAGCUUUCAAUGCCAACAGAAGAACGUCGGUUUCUGCUGAAGCAAUGAACCCAGAUAAGUUCAAGUCCGACUCCUGGAAGCCUCCGGUUAAUGACCUCACUGAUGAGCAAAGACUGGAGUUGGCUAAAACCCUCUCGCUGAACUUCUUGUUCCAACAAUUAGAUAAGAAGGCAAAGGCGACCGUUGUAUCUGCUUUACAGAAAAAGCAGUACACUCAAGGUACUGAAAUCAUUACUCAAGGCGAUGUUGGUGACUAUUUCUAUAUAAUCGAGUCUGGAACCGUGGAUUUUUAUGUGAACGGCACCAAGGUCAACACGUCUGGUGAUGGCUCUUCAUUUGGUGAGCUUGCUCUCAUGUAUAACUCUCCCAGAGCUGCAACUGCUACUGCUGCUUCUGACGUUACAUGCUGGGCUUUGGACAGAGCGACUUUCCGUCGUAUCUUGUUAGAAGGAACUUUCAACAGAAGAAUCAUGUACGAGGAUUUCUUGAAGGACGUUACGGUCUUAUCGGGCUUGACGCACCAGGAGAGAUCCAAACUUGCCGAUGCAUUGAGCACGGAGAUGUUCCAUGCUGGUGACAACAUUGUCACCGAAGGCGCUACUGGUGACAAAUUCUACCUCAUUGAGAGCGGAACAUGUGAGAUCUCCAAGCAGAGCGAGGGUGUCAUUGGCACUAUCGGCAAAGGCAACUACUUCGGUGAAGUUGCUUUGUUGAACGACCUACCAAGACAAGCCACAGUCAAGGCCCUAGACAACGUUAUUGUUGCAACCUUGGACAAGUCGGGCUUUACGAGAUUGCUCGGCCCAGCUCUCGACCUUUUGAGAGAGCAUGACCCUACAGCAGUUCACUAG